ACAAUUUCUGUGUGGGUGGUGGGAGUGUCAGCAGCAGACGUAAUUAGAGCGAAGAUAACAAAAAGUCGCACUUCUUGUCUCUUGACGAGUCCGAGGUGCUCAUGGUGCGUCACUCGAGUCAAAACUCGUCCACCACCCUUCGACGGAUGUAGGCAGCAGUCAAAUUCUGCCGAACCCUGGAAUCGCCAGCAAUGUCGACCUUCCUGAAAAGCUGCCGUCGGAUCCUCUCCGAUGUACCAACGCGGCUGUCAAACGCUGGAAUUGUUUCGACCGAGGAAUGCGAAAACUGCCAUGCAAACUUCAACAUCAUUCGUAAAAAAUACAUCUGCAACAAGUGCACCAGAUUCUUCUGUUCGGACUGUCUAAAUAAGAGGGUCACGAUUUGCAACUCAUGCAGGGUGCUCAGCACUUGGCCCGUCAACAGGGCACAAUUACAGCCCCUGAAGGCCAGAGACAUCAAGGCCUAUUUGUCUGCAAACGGUGUAUCUACCCAUGGUUGUGUUGAAAAAGAAGAACUAGUCGAGUUGGCCCUGAGUCACCUGGGAAGCCGCUACCAAACUCACCCAAUUCCACCAUACAGUCCUCGGCGCAUGUCAACACCAGUCGUCGACGAAUCUUGGGUUUUGAUUAACGAACGUGGAGGCGAGCCGUCGUCCUCCUCUUCAGGAGACACCGAGGCCCAUGUGCCAUCAAACCAUUCCAGCUCUGCAAGCAGCUCGCCCUCCUCGCACCUGCCCCCUGACCUGUCAUGUCCCGCGCCGCCGCCUCCAACCAUAAAUGUGGUCUCACCGAUCGAGGUGGCGCCAGAAGAACCCGUUGCCUCCGAAGCUGUUCCCAUUCCAGGUUCUCGGGAGCCAGAACCAGAGGAGCCCAUGUCAACGUCUUUGCCUCCCCAAGGUCCGCCAAACCCGUUGCUCACCAACCUGAUGGGUGGAGGCUUGUCAGGGUCUCAGCCCAACCUAAAUGCGUCCGGGUCAUCAAGCCAAGGAGCGUCUGGCGCGUCUACUAGUGUUCCUCAACGGUCUUCAUCAGAGACUAUCCUUUCCAUUAGCAGAACAAAUAUUUUAAGGCUGACAGAUGAGGAAUUGGAUAAACUUCCAGUUAAGAAUCUAAAGAUCCUGCUCACAAACCACCGAGUAGACUUCAGAGGCUGCUGUGAAAAGUCAGAGCUGCAGGAUCGAGUCAAGCGACUGCGGUUGCAGCUGCAGGCCCAUUCAAAAAUAGACGUUGAUGAACUGAGUGAUGAAAAUCUGUGCAAAGUGUGCAUGGCCGCACCAAUUGACUGUGUGCUGCUGGACUGUGGGCACCUGGUCACGUGCACCUCCUGCGGCAAGCAGAUGAGCGAGUGUCCUAUAUGCAGACAGUAUGUUGUGCGCUGUGUCAAAAUAUUCAGAGCCUAGACACAUUUAAAAUUCCUAGAAGAGUGGAUGAAAAGAUGGUGUGCAGUGCCAAACUAUUAUUCAGAGUUGUAAACAAGAUAUAUUUAAUUGCACGCGUUAAAAUGUAUUACAUGUGACCAAAACAAAGCUGUAUGUUCCAAAGUAUAUUACACGGACACAUUCUUACAACUAAAUGACAAUAUUCAUGACAGUACUGGUUUUGGCAAGGCUAUGCAGACAUAUUGUAAAAUCAGGCAAAUUUUGUUCUUCAUUAUUCAGAUUUGUUGCUGUCCUUUAAUUUUAACUGUUCGAAGCUGAUGAGGUUUGCAUUUUGAAAUUUCCUGACACUGCUUGAAUUUUGUGAAUUAAAUUAAUCCCUCCUGCAAUCAAGCAAACUCUUAUUGAUUGACUUGGAAAGACAUAAUCAAGUCCACAUAAAAAGCUUUUAUUGAAUUUAGUUGAGAAAGACACAAAUUGCUGUGAGUUAUUUUUGCAAUUUUCCUUUAAAUUUUUACAAGAGUGUGAUUUAGUAGGGGUAAUUAUGUAAUUAAGCCUUUGAAUUAUAUCAUUUUUUUUAAAUACGUCCUGAAGUACAAGUAACCUUUAUGUAAAUUUAUGAAAUUAUUCUGUGAAAAAAAUAAUCCGUAAGAAUCAAGUUUUGAGCCUGUGAGAAUAUUGUAAUCUAUCGAAAGGCUGGCCCUAAAUUAUGAAAUAUAAAUAAAAAAUAUGAAUUGUUGCAGUUUGAAAAAAAAGUUUUGCAUACACCGAAUGAAUUUUAUUAGUUGAAUCAUAAUCCAAUGUAGACAAUAAUUUAAUAUUCUGCCUCACUUUUUUCUUUUAAAAGUAGAUGCUUAGAUUAGCCUUUUGCGCUGCAGUCUCACACACCAGUCAUGCAAACACUAAUUUUGUUUUUUGCAAGGUUUGACCUGACCAAAAAUAUGGUUUCCUUUUUUAUAGUAGAUAAUUUAAAUUUAAAUACACAUCUUUAAUUAUCUGCAAAUAUUUUGUCAUCUUUUGAACAACAUUUAUGUAAGUCAUCUUGAGUGAAAUAAAAUAUCUAUAUAAUAAUUUCCAUA